UUCGCUGCUGUGAUCAAAAUACGGAAAUGUAUCGCUACUGCAUGUGAGGAGAGACUGGUGCAGCUUCUGUUCAGAUUUUCUUUAUUAACUGAAUCUCUGUGCAGAUUAAACUCCUGUAGAGAGAUCGGGUCGGGGUUUAAUGAUGAGGUGAAAGUCGGGGUUUAGUGAAGACUGUCAUCUUACUGAGAUUAGUGGGGGAGUUUUCUGCUGGUAGUAAGUUUAGGUUAGCUGUGGGAGAGAGGAGUGAGCUGUAGAGGUGGAGGAGUGAGUGAAUGAGGGAGGGAAGGAUUGAGGGAGUGAGUAAGGGAGUGAGUGAGUGGGGGGCUGAGGGGAGUCUUUUCUCAGUAUGAAGGGGUUCAGGUGUUCAGCUCGACACGGUUAUGCUGUGGAAGUCUCCCCGUUUCUCCCUAACAGACUGGCGUGUGCUACAGCUCAGUAUUAUGGGAUAGCAGGCUGUGGAACGCUGUUUGUGCUGGAGCAAAGAGAAACUGAUGUUCAGCUUCUAAGAAGCUUUGACUGGAAUGAUGGGCUCUUUGACGUGACGUGGAGUGAAAGCAAUGAGCACGUGCUGGUUACGGGGGGCGGGGAUGGGUCACUACAGAUUUGGGACACAGCCAACCCGAAAGGUCCAAUACAAGUCCUGAAAGAGCACACACAAGAGGUCUAUUCAGUGGAUUGGAGUCAGACACGGGGGGAAAACCUGGUGGUGUCGGGGUCGUGGGAUCAUACAGCCAAAGUAUGGGAUCCAGAACGCUUCCAGUCUGUGUGUACACUGCAGGGUCAUGAGGGGGUUCUCUACAGCACCAUCUGGUCCCCACACAUAUCAUCCUGCUUCGCCUCUGCUUCAGGAGAUGGGACGCUCCGAGUUUGGGAUGUGAAAUCAGGGUCGUGUCGAAUGGCCAUCCCUGCACACAAGACAGAGAUCCUCAGCUGUGAUUGGUGUAAAUAUGAUCAGAAUAUUUUGGUAACUGGAUCUGUUGACUGCAGUCUGUGUGUGUGGGACCUGCGGACUGUACGGCAGCCUGUAGCUCAAAUGCUCAGCCACACUUACGCCAUUCGAAGAGUGAAGUUCUCCCCGUUUUACAAGACCGUGCUGGCAUCGUGCUCAUACGACUUCACAGUCAGGUUCUGGGAUUACUCCAGGAGUCCGAUGCUGCUUGACACAAUGGAGCACCACUCAGAGUUUGUGUGUGGCCUGGAUUUCAACCUGCAUAUUCCCAACCAGGUGGUGGACUGUUCUUGGGAUGAGACGAUAAAAAUCUACACCCCUCCUUGCUUUGCGGCUCUGCAGGAAGUUGCUUCGUAGAGCGAGGAUUAAACGUCACUGCGCUGGAGGAGAAGGAGGAUGUGUUUCAGUGCUGUUAGAUGUUUUUCCCCACGUCACCCAUAUCCUGAUUAAUCCCAUCUGCACUAGAAUUGGCAAUGCGUUUAUAUUCACAAGAUGUCUUCUAGUCAGCAGAUACUACUAGCCAGUCCUACACUUUUAAAACAAAAGGUUCUGAAUUGUUUGAAGGUUUGAACUGUUUAAUUAUAGGUUUUGUCAAUUGUCUCUUUUAUUUAAUAAUGUUUGGUUGGUAUAAGUGUGUGGCUUUUUCUUCUGAUAAUUUUAGAGCAUGGUUUAUUUCUUUCUGAAUUUAACAUAUCGCUGUCAUCUGAUUUGUAGUCCAGUGUUUUCUCAGUCCUGGUCUUGGAGGCACCCUGUUCUGCAUGUUUUUUGCUUUUACUCCUCUCAUCACACCUAAUUAGGGCUGCAACGAUUAGUCAAUAUAAUCGACAAUGUCUAUUGUUUCAAUUUGUCGACUACAAAUUGAAUUGUUGACUUAUCAUUAAUUUUUAACAGUACCACAUUACACAAAGUGCUGGAGACAGAAGCACAAUAGGAGAUAGGAGGUAAAUGGCUCACUCACAGAGUUUACACUCAACUUAGUCUUUGUCCAACUAAUCGAAAAAAGAAUCAUCAGAUUAGUCGACUACCAAAUUAUUUAUUAGUUGCAGCCCUACUCCGAAUGAAAUUAAUCAAUCAAUUAAUAAGUCCUUUUAGAGAGGCAGUGAUUGUGUUAAAGAAGGGAAACCUCUAAAUAGUGCAGGGCUGGGAGUGCCAGGACCAUAAACGAGAAACACAACUGUAGCCCAAAAUGGUUCUUUGACUUUGUGCUAAAAAAAAACGUUUACCUUAAUGUUUUAAUUAAUUAUAUUUAAAAACUUUUCAAAUUGAUUAUUGAAAGAUUAUUGUUGGUUUUUAAUAACUUGUGCCAAAAAAAAGGAGUGAAGAUUUUUAGGAAUAUUAGCAAUAGUUGCAUCUUGGAGUUGUAACUAUGUAAACUAUGUAAAAUGUCAUCACGUUGACUUAUAUACCUUUUUUAAAUAUUUAAAAUCGAAAGUGCCUCAUAAAGCUCUGUGGUCAUGCAGGCUUCCUGACAGACGUCUAUGGUUCUACUGCCCCAAACGAUAAAAAAGUCCUUGUUGCACAGACAGUGCUUUGAAUUAUGAUGGUGCUGUAAUAUGCCAACAUGCAGAAGCUGUAGAUCUUUGAUUAGUUACUUAAUGAAACAAUAUUCAAUAGACAGUUGCAGCCCUAAUGGAAAUCUGAGUCCUGAUUGCCUGAGGUCUGCCUGCUCGCACAGUAAAUUUACGACACAGUGCUAAUACGCUUGAACAGACUGAUAAGCUAGAUGAGGUAUAGCUAGAAUUAAACCUGUGGUCACUGGUCAGCAAAACCAUGUGGUCAGCAAAACCAUGCUUCUGGAAAUCCACCUUCCAGCUGAUUUUAGUUUAAACUCUGAUUUACUAAACCUGAUCCAGCUAAUUGAUCUCUACUGAAUAUCUUGAUGAAUAGGGUUGGCUUUAUUAGAUUUGGGUUGGAUUUUUUUGCAGUUUUAAAAGUCUGAUAAACUGUUUAUACAUGUUUAUUGGGGUGAUGUGUUUUAACAUUAUUUAUAUCAUUGUAUAAAUUGUACAAAAAUACAGAUAAGCUAGGGUACUGAUUUGAGAAUUGUUGGUUGGUGUUAAUAUCCAAUAUUUGAUUGAUAUACAGUAUUAAAUAUAUGAUAACUAAUACAUAAUUGGAAUAUCUGUCGGGUUUGAUGAUCAUUAAGCAGCGCUGAAAUAAAUGUGUCAUAAAAAUG